AUGAAUGGUCAAGUCGGAAAAUACUACUGUAUCGAAAACCAACCCAAAAAUGAAAGCCUCCUCUCUUCCAGAUCUCAACCGCGAAACCACCUCCUUCCCCAAUUUCUUCACCUUCAUCCAAUACCCUGCAGACCACCACCACCACGACACCGCCCUUCAAAUAGAUACAGCUGCGACACCGAAGCCUCCGAAACGUCGCCGUACAAAGACAUCCUCUCCCCGUUCGAUGAAAUGAAAGUAUCCUCUCUUCCAAAUCUCAACCGCGAAACCACCUCCUUCCCCAAUUUCUUCACCUUCAUCCAAGACCCUGCAGACCACCACCACCACGACACCGCCCUUCAAAUAGAUGAGCACAGCUGCGACACCGAAGCCUCCGAAACGUCGCCGUACGAAGGCAUCCUCUCCCCGUUCGACUCGUUCGAUAAAGUGAACGAGAUCAGACUUUUCGCUGGGACGAGUUCCGUUGGGUUGAUCCGUCGUGGAUCGGUCCAAAACCAACAUAACACGAGUUCCGUCGGGUCAAAUCAGUUUAGCGGCGGCGGCGGCAGCGCAACCAGUGGUAAUGUAGGACCAAACCCUGCCCAGCUGCGGUGGUGGGACCAGUGCAGCCACCCGGAUUUUCCAGAGUCAGAAUUCCGACGCGCUUUCAAGAUGAGAAAGUCCACGUUCGAGUUCAUAUGCAGCGAGCUCGACCCGGUCAUCAACAACAAGGACUACACCAUGCUCCGGUUAGCCAUACCGCCGGAAAUAAUACUGGUCCGCCAGUGCGUCGCCGUGUGCAUCUGGUGGUUGGCCACCGGGGAGCCCCUGCGCCUGGUCUCCCAGAAAUUCGGGCUAGGCAUCUCCACGUGCCGUGAACUCGUGCUAGAAGUUUGUGGGGCAAUUAGGAGUGUUUUGAUGAGCAAGUUUUUGAACUGGCCUGAUGAGGAGAAAAUGACGAAGGUAAAGAGGGAAUUUGAGCUGAUUUCCGGAAUUCCAAACGUGGGUGGAUCCAUCUAUACUACGCACGUGCCUAUUAUUGAGCCGGAGGUGAACGCACCGGCUUAUUUCAAUAAGAGGCACACGGAGAGGAACCAGAAGAUGUCAAUCACGGUACAAGGCGUUGUUGAUUCGAGGGGGGUGUUUACUGACGUUUGUAUCGGGUGGCCGGGGUCUAUGAGUGAUGACAAGAUUUUGGAGAAUUCGGUGCUUUCGCAGCGGGCGAGUCGCGGGCUUUUGAAGGAUGUUUGGAUUGUGGGGAAUUCUGGGUACCCAUUAAUGGAUUGGCUGUUGGUUCCUUGCACACAUAAGCAUUUGUCGUGUCAUCAACACGUGUUUAACGAGAAAGUUGGGAAGGUUCAGAAAGGGGCGAAAAAGGCGUUUUCGCGGUUGAAAGGGAGGUGGAGUUGCUUGCAGAAGCUGACCGAGGUGCAGCUCCAGGACUUGCCUGCGGUUGUUGGUGCUGCUUGUGUGUUGCACAACAUUUGUGAGAUGAGGAAUGAGGCAAUGGAUCCGGCGAAAACGAGUUUCCAUCUCUUUGAUGAUGAGAUUGUGCCGGAGGAUGCUGUGAGGUCUGUUGACGCGAUGCGUGCUAGGGAUCAGAUUGCUCACCAUUUGUUCCAUAAUUUGUCUGUCACCGAUCGUCUUUUGCGGAACUACUAGUGGUUUUUGUUGGGCCCACCCCAUUUGAUUGCCUCAUGGAACUUGACGCUUUUUUUUUUUUUUUCAUUUGUUAAUCCUAAUAAUAAUAUGUGUGUCAUGUGUUUGGACAGACUUUGUGCUUGGUGUUAAGAAAGUAUAGUCUAUGACGGAGUGUGUGCUGUGAUAGAGGGAUAGCGUAAGGCUGUAACAAAGAGAUAGUAAGAGAAAGUUGGACACACAAAACCAGUCCCAGUUAAUUACCAGAGAAAGUUGCUGGCAAAUAUAUGCAGAACAA